AAAUAUAGAGUGCAUAACCUAAAAGAGAAAUAGGAAAUAUAACUUAAAAAGUAAAAGCUGAUAUGAAUGAAAAAAAAUAAAAUAAAAAAAAUAAAAAAAAUCGAACAAAAGAAAAGAAAAGAAAAAAAGAGUGGGUUUGUUCCUGCCAUUUGAUUUCCUAGUGCACUUGCAUUUAAUUUCCUUCAAAACGAAACCAAAGCUUGACUUGAGUAUGAUAAGAGCGUCAAUGGUCUUAAAAUGAAGUAAUAUUUAUGCUAUGUUUGGAGCAUUUAAUUAACUAGAUAAAAAUAAAAAAUAAAAAAUAAAACAAAUAGAAAUAAAGAGAAAAAAUAAAAAGAAAAGAAGUGGGACUCAGAUUCUCUCCAAUUGAGACGCACACAGUUCCUCCUAUUUAAUCCCCACACAUUGCUCCUCCUUUUUCGUGGCAUGCAAGUCCUGUGAUCCUGUCGUCGUACGUCUCUGCGCUCGAAUAAAGCAAAAGAAGCCAAGAAAUUACGGAAAUUAACACAAAUACAGCAUUCAUGCCUUUUAUUGAAAUCCAAACCUAUUUCUCAGGACUCUUUCUACUUUCUCUCUCUAGACGCAUAUACUGUACACUGUCUCCUUCAUUUUUAUGUCCAUGACUCGAAAGUCUUGGACUCUCUCUCUCUACUUUCUCGCUACAAAAGUAAAUAUUGAAAAUGCGGUUUGCCUUCCAUGAAAGGGAAUCGCUUCCAAGAAAAGAAAGAAAAUCUUCCGCAUUAUCCUUUACGACGAUGUCUUCCAUUCACCAUCUCUCUGUUCUCUCUCACUACUGAAAAGAUCUUCCUAGAAAAUUCUACGUAUACCUGUAUAUAUAUGUAAAUCUUUUUUGCCAAUCUUGGAAUCUUGACAUAUAAUAAGCUGAUUAGUUAAAUAAUUCUGCAUUUGAAGUCAUAUUUACUGAUUACUGAUUUGUCUUGAAGCCACAAUGGCGUCGAGACUAAGAUCGACACCAAAGAAAUCGACUUCAAAAACAGCGAACUCGCUUUCGUCGUCGACUACGUCCUCUACCAAACAGUUUCUGGAAACAUCAGUUGACGGUCUGAGUUCACCGGCGUCGUCAUCGGCGAGAAGUAAGCCGCAAUACUUUUACUCCGAGAGUUUGGAUGCAGAGAGAUCAACAGAGAAUGUAACCGUUACCGUUCGGUUUCGGCCACUCAGUCCUAGAGAAAUUCGACAAGGAGAGGAGAUUGCAUGGUAUGCCGAUGGAGAAACCAUUGUGCGGAAUGAGCAUAAUCCAUCCACAGCAUAUGCAUUUGAUCGGGUCUUUGGCCCUACUACUACCACACGUCAUGUAUAUGAUGUUGCUGCACAACAUGUCGUUAGUGGUGCUAUGGAAGGCAUCAAUGGCACAAUUUUUGCUUAUGGUGUGACAAGCAGUGGGAAGACUCACACGAUGCAAGGCGAUCAGAGGUCCCCUGGUAUUAUACCAUUGGCUGUAAAGGAUACUUUCAGUAUCAUUCAAGAGACUCCAAGCAGAGAAUUUCUCCUUCGUGUCUCAUAUUUGGAAAUCUACAAUGAGGUUGUAAAUGACUUGUUGAAUCCAGCGGGACAGAAUCUAAGAAUCAGAGAGGACACUCAGGGAACCUUUGUUGAAGGAAUAAAGGAGGAGGUUGUAUUAUCCCCUGCCCAUGCCCUUUCUCUUAUUGCUGCUGGAGAAGAGCACAGACACGUUGGUUGUACAAAUUUCAAUUUACUCAGCAGCAGAAGCCAUACAAUAUUUACACUGACAAUAGAGAGUAGUCCUUGUGGCAAAAAUAGUGAAGGAGAAGCUGUUAACUUAUCGCAACUGAACCUCAUUGAUCUGGCUGGUUCUGAGAGCUCCAAGGCUGAAAGCACUGGUGUCCGUCGGAAAGAAGGAUCCUAUAUUAAUAAAAGUCUGCUAACUCUUGGAACUGUUAUAUCAAAGUUGACAGAUCGAAGGGCCGCACAUAUACCAUACAGAGACUCUAAAUUGACAAGGCUUCUUCAGUCAUCAUUAAGUGGUCAUGGACGUGUAUCUCUCAUUUGCACUGUUACUCCCUCGUCAAGCAAUUCAGAAGAGUCGCAUAACACUUUGAAAUUUGCCCACCGUGCAAAACACAUUGAAAUUCUAGCAGCACAAAACAAGAUAAUUGAUGAGAAAUCGCUUAUCAAGAAAUAUCAAAAUGAGAUUCGCUGUCUGAAAGAAGAGUUGGAACAACUAAAGAGAGGCAUUGUUACACUUCCUCGACUGAAAGAUAUUGGUGAAGACGAUAUUGUGCUUCUAAAACAACAGCUAGAAGAUGGUCAAGUCAGACUGCAAUCAAGAUUGGAAGAAGAAGAAGAUGCUAAAGCUGCUUUGUUGGGUAGGAUACAGAGGCUGACGAAGCUAAUUUUGGUCUCCACAAAAGCUUCUCAAUCAUCAAGAUCUCCUCAGCAGCCUUGUCCUAGAAGAAGGCAUUCCUUUGGAGAAGAAGAGCUUGCAUACCUCCCGUACAGAAGGCGAGAUUUGACGUUGGAUGAUGAAAAUACUGACUUACAUGUUUCUCUUGAUGGGAAUGCUGAAUCUGUGGAUGAUACGUUGAAGGAGGAGAAAAGGACCCGGAAGCAUGGAUUGCUACAUUGGUGGAAACUACGGAAGCGAGAUAGUGGAUUGGGGUCUUUGACAAGCACUAGUGAUAAAGCAACUGGAGUCAAGUCUAUUAGUAGACCUUCAACCCCUCAAGCAGAAAGCGUCAAUUGUCGUAUGGAAUCCAGACAUUCACAUUCUCUACAUUCAGAAAGCACUCCCUCUGCAGAUCUUUUAUCAGAGGCGGGACAGGAUAGAGAAGUUUCCGAAAAUAUUUUGGGACAACGGACACCUCUGAGUAACACAAAGACGAUUGACCAAAUAGAUCUUCUGAGGGAGCAUCAAAAGAUUUUGUUUGGAGAGGUGGCACUCCAUUCAAGUGCUCUAAAGCGGCUGUCUGAGGAGGCUGCAAGAAACCCUAAGAGCGAAAAAAUUCAUGUGGAGAUAAGAAAGUUGAAUGAUGAAAUCAAAAGGAAGAAUGAACAAGUAACUUCUCUAGAAAAGCAAAUUGCUGAUUCCAUUGUUUGUCCGCCUGACAAAAUUGAUAAACCAGAAGCACCACAAUCUGUAGCUGAACUUUUGGCACAAUUGAGUGAGAAGUCCUUUGAACUUGAGGUUAAAGCUGCAGAUAAUCGAAUAAUUCAAGCGCAGCUCGACCAAAAGAUAUGUGAAUGUGAACAUUUGCAAGAAACAAUUGCCUCCUUGAAACAACAGCUUUCUGAUUCAUUGGAGUUGAAAAAUGCUAGCCAAGUGGUGUCUCAUUCACAACACUACUCUGAAACAAGAAGUAUCAAGGAAGAAGUUUGCAUAAGCAGAGAAAAUACUGUAUUGAAGGACACAAAUGAAGCAUUGCUUUUUGGAGCACAGGAAACUGAGAUUGAAGAACUGAAACGUAAAGUGGCUGAACUAACUGAAUCAAAAGGGCAGCUAGAACUUCGGAAUCAGAAACUGGCAGAGGAGAGUUCAUACGCCAAAGGUUUAGCCUCAGCUGCUGCAGUUGAGUUAAAAGCGUUGUCAGAAGAAGUUGCCAAGCUCAUGAACAAAAACGAAAGACUAGCUGCCGAGCUGACAGCACAAAAGAAUUCUCUGACCCAGCGUAGAACUACUGUGUCAACCCGGAAUGGGCGUAGAGAUGUUAACAUCAAACGGGAUGACCAAGGUGGAUUGCCUUUGGAUAUCAGGAGAGAACUAGUCAUGAGUCGGGAGAGAGAGCAUUCAUAUGAAGCUGCUCUGGCGGAAAAGGAUCAAAAGGAGGCCGAGCUACAAAGGAAGGUAGAAGAAUCCAAAGAAAGAGAGGCAUAUCUAGAAAACGAACUUGCUGAUAUGUGGGGUCUUGUGGCAAAGCUAAAAAAAUCUAAUGGAGGUGAAGCUGAUGUUCCUGAGUCGACUAGGGGAGUUGAUGGUUUUGAGAUUUGGAAUAAUCCAGUGCUGAGAAAGGCCUAUAACUAAAACUGAUAAAAGUAUAUUUUUUGUUUUUCUUGUGUAUAGGGAGGGAGUGGGAUUUGGGGUUGGCUUUGUAUAUUGUGAAAGGCAUUUUUUCUCUUUUCCGUUGAUUCCUCUGCCAAUUAUGUAAAUCAAGCUAAUUUUUGCUUUGUUAUUGUAUUUUGGGGCAUUAAUUUCAAUGCAAAAACCCUUGUCUACAAGACCAGGGCCCAGUUGUGUUUUU